CAACAUGGUGAUGGCUCUGUUCCUAGUGCUGCUGGUUAUUCUUCCAAAAUACAGUCAAGGUAAACACUUGCUUCGCUUUCUGACCUUCUGUCAAACGAACGUGACUGGUGACGACCAGUAUGAUAUUGAAUUUGACGGCGAUCAGCUCCUCUACGUUGACACUGUCACCUAUCAGGUAGUUCAGCGUCUGCCAGAAUUUGCAGAGCAGUGGAUCCCUGAUCCCGGACUAGCCAAAGACACGUAUUUGUCCAUCGGUACCUGCAAGUACAACAUCCCACGAGCCAUAAAGGGAGAACAUCAUCCUCCAGAGGCCAUAGCCAGUCCCACCUCCAUGAUCUACCCCAAGCAGGAGAUGGAAGUCGACGUCCCCAACACCCUCAUCUGCUUUGUGAACGACUUCCAUCCGCCUACAGUCGACAUCACCUGGACCAGGAACGGCCAGCUGGUGGACCUGAGCGAGGUCAGCCAGACUCAGUACUACUCCAACAAAGACUUCAGCUUCCGCAUCUCGUCCUACUUGGAAUUCACACCUCAGGAAAGCGACAUCUACUCCUGCAGCGUGGACCACAUCAGCCUGCAGGCGCCUCUCACCAAGUUCUGGAGUAAGUCAUUUGAAGUACACACAGACCAUCAGGCGGUAGAGACAGCAGUGUGUGUUGGUGGUGUGAUCCUGGGACUGAUUGGAGUUUUCACAGGUCUCUGGUUUAUCAUAAAAGCCAACAAGUCCUGCCAGACGUAA